GGCACUGUGCCAAACGCACAAAACGCUUUUUUAUUCUCAUUCAACGCACGAAUUUUUUUUGUAUUUUUACGCUAAACAACGCGCGAUGCGUAAUAACGGAGUGUGGUUAUAACAAAGUCGUGCGUUUAAUGAGAAUAAAAAAGCGUUUUGUGCGUUUGGCACAGUGCCAGCUCCCCUUUUCGUUGCUCCCCUUUUCGUAUCUCCCCUUUUCGUAUCUCCCCUUUUCGCAGAUCCCCUUUUUGCAGAUCCCCUUUUCGUUCUGCUCCACUUUUCGUGGGGUCUCCAAGUACAGUCUGGAGAACCUAUGAAUUCGGGAUACGAAAUGCCAAAUAAUUUGAAAUUACCGAAAGCUCGAGCAAAAAGCGAAUCCGCGUUCAACCGAUUGAGGAAAUGUUUUAAAUAUCGGAGCAUAAGUCCUCCACGUAGCCGCGCUCCGUUCCCACCACCGCCCACAAUCACAGCACCAAACCCAGCACCUACUGCGUUUGGUGAAGAAUCCGACGAGAUGGAAUUUGAAAGUGCUGAUUAAUCUCUAAUAUUGCCAAUAUUUUUAAAAAAUCAAACUUCACCCCAACUAUCGUGUACCAUUUCAACACCACCAUUAUUAUCAUUAUUUUUUAGUAUUGUGCUUUACUUUACCCAUCUCUUAACUUUAAUGCAAUUUUUUCCAAUGAAAUAAGAUGGUGCACUUUGAAAA